GCCUCCGAGAAGAGGGCACCGCCCAGAGUUGGGCACGCAGCGGUUGGGCGCUGUGGGGUGGCUGCUCCCUCCCACGCAGCGUGCGCCGGACUGGCCAGAAACUCGCUCGCCAUGUCUGCUGCGGAGGCUGGGGAUGUUUUCCACAGAGCCCGGGGCAGGACCCUGGACGCGUUUUCCUCAGAAAAGGAAAGAGAAUGGAAAGGCCCAUUCUACUUCAUCCAGGGUGCGGACCCACAGUUUGGGCUGAUGAAGGCCUGGUCCACUGGGAACUGCAACAGCAGCGGUGAUGAGUGGGAGCAGGAGAUCCGCCUCACUGAGCAAGCUGUUCAGGCCAUCAACAGGCUGAACCCCAAGCCCAGAUUCUUUGUUCUUUGUGGCGACCUCAUCCACGCCAUGCCAGGGAUGCCCUUCCAGAGGGAGCAGACCAAGGACCUUCAGCGAGUGCUGGGAGCCGUUGACAGGGAGAUCCCACUGGUCUUCGUCAGUGGCAACCAUGACCUGGGCAAUGUCCCCACAGCAGAGACUAUUGAAGAGUUCUGCCAGACUUGGGGUGAUGACUACUUCAGCUUCUGGGUCGGGGGUGUCCUGUUCCUGGUACUCAACUCCCAGCUCUGGUAUGACGCCUCUAGCUGCCCUGCCCUGAAGCAGGCCCAGGACCUGUGGCUGGACCAACAGCUGAGCCUCGCUAGGCAGCAGAAGUGCCAGCACGCCAUCGUCUUCCAGCACAUCCCGCUGUUCUUACAGAGCAUUGACGAGGACGAUGACUACUUCAACCUCACCAGGUCUGUGCGGAAGGAGAUGGCAGACAAGUUCACCAAAGCAGGUGUCAGAGCUGUGUUCUCAGGCCACUACCACAGGAAUGCUGGGGGCACCUACAAGAACCUGGACAUGGUGGUAUCAUCUGCCAUCGGAUGCCAGCUGGGCAAAGACACCCAUGGGCUCCGAGUCGUGGUUGUCACCGCUGAGAAAAUUGUUCACCGAUACUACAGUUUAGAUGAGCUGAAUGAGAAAGGAAUAGAAGACGAUCUCAUGGAGCUUAUGAAGCAGUAGUGAGCCUCCCUUGGUGGUCUGUCCACCUUCCUCUUCUAUAAUAUUUUGAUUUUGUUUUGUUUUUACCAGAAUCAGCAGCAGCACACAAGUCAGCCCCUGCUGGAAUGUAAAAGUGGACCAGGCAGGGUUGUGAAUUUACAUCCUUUGGCAUAAACCAGAAAGCGGGAGCCCAUCCUAAAUUAUAUUAAAAUAGAGCUGCCUUCUGUUGAAAAGGAGAGAGGGAGCCUGGAAAUAAUUUUUAGUUAUUAUGACAUUAGACUGUCUCUGGAUGUUUGUGUAAGCUCUCCUAAUGGUGUAUUUCUCAGCUCUGCUUUUGAAUUAGAUUGUUUCUGGCAGUGCCUGAUCAAUGUUUACCUAUUGACCUCAGUCCCAACUUGGUAUUCACAUGUGAUCUUUGAUAAUUCCUUGAACAAACUGCAUCUGAUUAUAUUAAAUUGUGGUCAUGACUCCCCAAAAUGCUAGGCAAAGCAAAGGUCAUCUCCUUCCCUUUCUGGCAAAACAAAAAGCUGUCUCUCAUAUUACGAGCCAUGGAGACUUAUUUUAACAAGGAGUCGAGUACCCCUUCUCUCUGUUAAAUUCUAAGACUUCUGGUAUUGCUGACAGUAGAACCAGAAUACAGUCAGUACACAUCAGGACUUGAGUUGGCCUCCCUGGUGGCUCCAGAAGUCACCUUUGCACAUACAUUGCCAUUUACGAAACUCAUCCAGAAGACGAGCACCGAGUCAUGUGAGGUCAUCCACAGCCCCUUGUGUUCCUCCACAUUCGCACUUGGUGCUGCAGUGGGUCUGCAGAUAGGUGUUUCGUGAGACCGGAAUGCCCCGCAAUUAAUGAACCUCUUAAUUGCAUCUGCCUCAACAGAAAAAUUGAUGCAAAGAUCUCAGAAGAAACAAACCAGAAAUUCUGGUGGGGCCAAAACAGUGUGUCUAGCCACACCACAUUGACACUGACUUCGAUUUGGUGCAGCAGGCAAGUACCCUUGACCAAAGAGCCAGGCUGCCUAAAAUGAGCAUCCUUUUCCCAUAAUCUGCUCUGCUGCAUCUUUGCACUACUCCUGGCCACUGUGUACUUUCACCCACAUAUUCUUUCUCAGCAGUUGGCCUUGUAGACACAUAGCCAGGUACUCCAAGUUCUGCCAGGGAACUUUUAUAGUACUCUGCAGUAGCAUUUAACAGUCCUGAACUGACUUUAAAAACUGACUGGUUACAAAUGAACUGCAAAGUCCAUUAAAUUAAAAAACUUUCCUGUUAAAAAGUUUUAGUCAAUGUAGCAAAACUGUGAGAAAUUAAAUAGAAAGAUAAUUGGAUAUGUAAAUUCAUAAGGAACAAAAGACGAGAAGUUAAUUAUGCCACACAUUGGUGACACAGCAUAGCUCAUUGUUAUGCAGCACAAGAAAAUUGAAAAAUAUUCAAAACUAGAAUGCUCUUGUAGUGUUUUGCUGCAUUCUUGUUUUGUGUUCAUUUUUCUUUACAACAGAUGUGGAUAGAAGGUCAGAAGGUGAGUUCAACCUGGGACAUAACUUGUUUGAGACCUGGGACCUGGGGACUCUUAGACUAUAAACACAGGGGGCUUUGACUCCCCAGGAAAAAUGGGAAGAGUCUGAUCACAAUGGACUGUAGUCUUGUUCUCCGUCCUAUUCCAUGUGCUGAAUGGGGGAGAUGUAAAGUAAUGGGCAAUGAUGUAAAGUAGUGGACAUGCAGCUUGGUAAAUCCCCAUCCCCAAAAUUGGAUAAGUAGAAGAACUGGUUCACAACACUCCAAGCAUAUAUGCUAAGUAAGAGGAGUACUGUGAAAUCCCCACUAUCUUUCAAGUUAGGAGACCACGAGUCCCACAGUGGUGAAACGUUCAUCAUGAAGUCAGGAAGUAUCCCCAUGGUGCACAUGUGUCCACAUACCAGAUAAUUGAUUGUCAAUUCACUUGGAAUAUAAAAAUGAAGGAAGAACUGUGUGAGAAGAAAAAACAGAUGCUUUGUCCUCUGAAAAAUAAUAAAAGGCUUGACGAGCAUG